GGAAGGAAAAAUACGUGUGAUCAUUUCAGAAGAAUGUGAAGUUUAAUGUUUAGAUAGACAAAAAAAUCGGAAUUUUCCUAGAUUUAGAUAUGAACAAGGUCUUUUACCAUUAUAAGUGCUUUGGUGUAUAGAGACGCAAAACUGCAAAUUUAUUGAAAUGGGUUAGAAUAACGAGUUUUUGUGAUGGCGAAAGUAAUAAAAGACAGCCGCCAAUUGGAAGACUCAGAUUUUAACAGCAAAAACAGUAAUAGCGUACAAGUGUGGAGCAGCACGAUUCAAAUUUUGCUACCUAUAGCCGCUUUAGCCUUCAUAUGGGGAAGAAGGGGAUUACUUACCAGAUUCUUUUUACAGUUUGAGAAAAACUGCGUUUCGGCAAUUUGUCCAUCUUUAAACGAGAAACAAAAACUACUACAAUGGAUCGACUGGCAUCUACCCACAUCUUGGUUGCACUCCAAGAAUUCAGCUCUGGACAAUCCAAUUCAUUGCUGGACAGAUGGAUCGUUGUUGUGUAAUUUGAUAAACACGUACAUUCCAGGAGCGUGCCCAAAUCCUCAGAGUCACAAGCAUCAUCCGCCCUCUCAUGGCCAAGCGCUCGCUUAUAAAUAUCUGGGAAUUGCGCCGGUUUUCACAGAUCAAGAUUUUGAACAGGAUGUUUUAAGUCAAAAUCAGGAGUUGGCGCUAGUUCAAUAUUUAAAAAAAAUUCGCGAAGCUUGUGAACAAGAGACGAAACCAGCUUUAAAAUAUUCGUCAAAUUACGUUGCAAAAGGAAUGGGAUUGUUUUCUGGAGAGGAAAAUCGCAAAAUGGCAUUUUACAUUUACGUUAAUUCGUCUGAUUAUUUCAACGUUGACGAUAUCAUUGUUAGUAUUCAAGCUCCAAGCGGCGUUUAUGAAACUCUACGUAUUCCUUCUACAUUCAUUGAGCAGAAACUGUUAUUCUCAAACAAAUUCGCAUAUCAAUCGCACAGUGAGACCUUGCUAUUGAAACCAAUUUCCGACUUAUCGACGAGCACGGAGCCACAAGGUAAUGGACAUACUAGAAAAAUUCCAAUGACAUUUUCAGUAGAAGAAGACAGAAUAAAAGUUACAUAUAUUCCAAGAAGUAUGGGGAUUCACGAAGUGUCUAUCAUAACCAGUGAGUGUCAUGUCGUCGGAUCACCCUUUGCCGUUAGCAUUUUGCAAAAUGUAUCAGGAGUAUGUGAGGACUUUGAAUUAAAUUCCUUGCCAACCGUAGCAGUCAGAAAAACCAUCAAGAGAACAAUACUAUCCCAAACUAUCGACUUACUUGACCUUGAGCCGGUAAGUGACCCUCACGAACCCCGCAAGGUUAAUCACGUGGUAGAGGAGCACAUUGAAAUGAAUUACGUCACGAAAAGCUUACAAGCUAAUGAAACUUCCCCAAUAUGCGAAGAUCAUAUUGCGUACGAAGUAACCACAAACCACAAAUCUUCCUUGAUUCCGCAACGAAAUCCAGAAAAGAUUUUGGAUAACGGCAAUAGCAUUUCAACUCCAAACAUGCAUACUACUUUAGACGAGGAAAGAUCUUCAUCACCGAGCAAGACUGAAAUUCAAUAUGAAAAUGGCAGCAGGGAAAACGCACUAAACAUCUUAAAUUAUCUACCUCACCUAAAAUAUGACAGAUCGGUAUCCUGCAAUGAACUCAGUACAUCACUUGAACAAUCGCUGAAUUUAAUCGACGAUGAAGACUGCUUUGAAUUCAAGAAAAAGCUUUCCUUUUGGGAGGACAGAUCAAAUUUCGGCACUAUUAAAAAAAAACUAAAACAACGCAGAAGUCUUCCAGACCUGCUUUUAGGAAAUGCUAGUGGAGAACUUUUUGAAUCGUACGAUAACUCGGAGUUUAAAUCAAAGCAAAAGUAUUGGAAGUUCUUAAGCUCGCAAACGAUAGACUGCAUGGAAAGCACUUCGUAUUAUAGUUUACCAAACGUCUUUACGCAUAGGGAGAAUCAUGCGAGAUACAGAUUAUACCCCUAUUUCGAUAGUAUGGAUUUCAAAACUAAGUUCAAGGAAUGUAGAGAGUUUUGGGAAAGGUUAAGCACGCAAUAUUGUUCAAAUGACUCUUUUCGUAUUAUGCCGAAAGCGUCUAGUGAGCCAGAUAGUGGAUUUGAGCAUAGCGAAGCAUUUGAGACUCCUCGUAGUACCAGUCCCUCUGAUUUGGACGUGAAGACAUUUGAUCAUUCCGUUUUUCACGAACGUCAAGUUUUUUGGGAGAGACUAAAGCCAAACAGGUACGAUACAAAUCAGCUCAAGCAUGACAAUAGGUUCAAGCAAAUGUCACAGCGUACACUGAAUAAUAAGAGUAAAGAGUACCACGGAGCACAAUUUGUAAACCGCAGUGGUAAAGAAAAGUGCUUUUUUAACGAGAUACCAUUAAAGAGUGAGGAUAGAAAUCUGACAGAUGAUUUUAAAAGUUUGGGCGGUACUAGGGAAAAUAUGAAAAUGAGGUUUUAUAAAAAUAAAGAUUUUUUUAGAUCACUAGAGGGAAGCAUUAGAUAGUGCACCUACUUUCUAAUCUCUACCUUCUAUUCAGGCACCUUGAUUUAUGAGAUAUAAGAUGUGUGAUCUUACAUUUUCUUCCAGGAAGUACCAGAAACUUUCGCCUUUGAGUUAUGUUGAGUAUUAUAUAUUAUUUGGCAACAGUGUGGCUUAGUAAUAACUAAUAAAUAUAGUUUUUGUACAAAAUAUAGUUUAUGCUCGAAAUUCUUAGAUAUUUCCCAUCGGCAAUUCAAUAGUACGUUAGUUAUCCAAGCUAAGUAAAUAUAUUACACCCAGAAUUUAAAGCCAAAUGUAUUAGCGAGGUUUCGCCCUCAUCUACGUAUAGCUUUGUUUACCGUUGUUUUCUAUACGAGAUAAAGCAGAAGCAUAUUGUUACUGAAAAUGUUAUUGUUGGAAAUAAAGGAUUUAAAAACAA